CUGAUUUUUAACUCUUUGCGUCCCCAGAUGAUUCCGAGCCGGCCUCACUCACGCCGUUCCCUGACUUGGCUCAGCUGUUUGAGUACGAGAACCUGUCCCUGAGCUGCGGGUUCAACAGCAGCUUCUCCGGGUGGAAGGUCGUCCGGUCCAACAUGAACCCCAUCUGUGGAGAAAAGUAUGGGAAGGCUGACGAGUCCAGCUGUAAUAUCACCUACGGCAAGAAGUACGACAGCGCCACCUAUUGGUGUGAGUCUCCUACAAAGCAGAGGAGCAACUCUCUGGACAUCACUCUGUACGACAAGGGGGUGACCCUGCAGAUUCCUGUCCUCCCUGUGAUGGAGGGACAUGAUGUCACUCUGCGCUGUAAAAAAUGGAAAUCCCCCGACUACGCAGCUGAGUUCUAUAAAGAUGACUCCCUCAUCAGCACUGCGCCUGAAGGUCACAUGACCAUCCGCCAUGUUUCCAGGUCUGAUGAAGGUCUCUACAAGUGCAACAUCAGCGGUGUUGGAGUGUCUCCAUCCAGCCGGCUGCUGGUCAGAAGUCGUCAUGGUGCUGCGGGUCCCGCUGCAGAGCCCACUGCAGAGCCCACUGCAGAGCCCACUGCAGAGCCGACCCCGUUACUGCUGACAGUGAUGCGCCACCUGCUGGUGGUGUUUCCGUACUGCAGCGCCACAGCGCUCAUGCUGUCGGUGUAUCGACGCAGGUCCCCAGGGAGGAAGCAGCCUGUUUCCAUGACGAUGUCCCCGACCAGCAGGGAUGAUGACCCCAACUAUGAUGAUGUGGACGCUGAUGUCACCACCGAGCAUCAUUUCUAAACGUUCUCUCCUCAUGUACAUUUUAAUUACUUUAAAAAAGAUGUUUUUCUAUUUUUGUACAUGAUACGGCUGGAGUCGUUUUGGUUUGUGUGAUUAUUAUGUCUCUCAGGGCCUCCUCCUGCUCCUCCUGCUCCUCUGAGGGCCUCCUCCUGCUCCUCAGAGG